GAACUUUGAGAUGAAAAUGUACUCUGGCCCCAUCACCCAGGAAGAGAUGGAGAAGGAUUUCAAGCUGUUUAUACACACUUCAUUACAAGAAGGAUCUUUUCUGGAAAGAUUUCUUAAAGUGUACCAACAUAUGAAAAGACUCGGUAAUUUGGCAGUCAGCAGUUGUGAACAUCUCCUGCAAAACAAAGAGCUCAUGAGCUAUCUUGAGGAGAGCAAGUUCGAUGCCAUCCUUACAGACCCUGUAAUACCUUGUGGGGUGAUCCUGGCUGAGCAUCUUUCCCUUCCUUCUGUGUACUUCUUACGAGGAAUCCCAUGUGGGUUAGAUUUUGAAGCCACUCAGUGUCCCAAUCCUCCUUCCUAUGUGCCCAGGGCAUUUUCAGAACUGACAGACCACAUGACCUUUCUCCAGCGAGUGAAGAACCUGCUCUUUGACACCCAAAACCUUUUCCUCUGUAAUUUUGCCUUUGACCCGUUCUCAAAACUGGCUUCAGAUUUCCUGCAGAGGGAGGUGACUGUGCAGGAUCUCUUACGGAAGGGCUCUGUUUGGCUCCUGAGGCUGGAAUUUGUGCUUGAUUAUCCAAGACCCUUGAUGCCCAACAUCAUUCCAAUUGGAGGAUUAAACUGUGCUCACAAGGAGCUGCCUCAGGUGGGUCACACUCUGUUUUCAAUUUGUGUGGUGAUAGAUUUCUGUGUUCAGGAGCCUUGAAUCUUGUGUUGCAGGUGGCAGUUUUCUUCCCAUGCCGUGUGUUUGGAUGAAUGCUCAUGAAUUUUUCCCUCCCUUUCCUUUUGUAGGCAGCAGUCCUGUACCUUCUCACCUCUAAAGUGUGCUCUGCAUGUGCUGUUUUCAGUUCAUGGAUUCAGAGCUGCUUUGUGUGACUUUGUGUAAC